CUUGUCAGUACCUCACAUUCAAUUCCAACUCAAGCUGACUUUCUGCUAUCGGUGGCUUGAGCAACUUGUGUCAACAGGAAUCGAGGAGGCGAUAAGGGACGGAGUGAUGAUGCUGCCAGUGAGAACUGGCAAGAUGGUUUUCGAACAUGGCGUACUACGCUCAGCGCUCAGGAGCGACAGGUAACAAAAUCCCAUGGAGGACCGAGAACACAAAGAAAGGUGCCAAUGACCGCGUCAGGCUUGAGACAAAUGCCCGCAACUACGGGAAUCAGGGCACCCUUGAGUCCAUAGCUCGUUCGGAGGACAAGUACUGGGAGGUUCCAGUGAUUAGCAGUAAGAACAUCGCAGCAGUGGUGGCGGCAGUUGCCGCGCAGCAGUCGCAGCAGUGGCGCAGCAUUUUCACAAUGCCCCCGUCUUUGGUAUAUGCGGAGUUUAAAAGUGUACUCUACUGCUUCUAA